AGUAAUAAUUGUUGAAAAAAAAUGUUAACAUCCUGAUUAAGUGAAAUAAACAUAGAAGAUGUGGAACACUACUUUGUCAUUUGAUUAUCCAUUACCUAUGAACGAUGACCAAGAGUGGCUGGAAAAUUAUCAACAGUACUUGAAUAAAUUAAAUGUGUAUGAUAACAUAGAGAAUGGACUCAGUCGGUAUUUAUAUGUAGUAUUUCUAAUUGUUGGAACAUUUGGAAAUCUUUCAUGCGUGUAUGGCCUUUCACAGUAUUGUAGGACUGCAUGGUCAGUUUGUUUCUAUCUAGUGCUAUCAAUGUUGUUUGGAUUAAUAGAAUUGUAUAUCUACUGUGGAAACUUGUGGUUCUUGUCUUUAACAGACAAGAAUCUGACAUUGGAGAUCAACAUCUUGUCGAAUGCUGUGUGUAAACUGUAUAAUUUUGUAACAACUGUUCUUCUGUACUUCAACUCGUGGGUUAUGGUGGCUAUCUCUGUAGAAACAAUGAUAACAAUUGUGUAUCCACAUCGUAUGUAUAAAAUGUGUACGGUUGAACGAGCAAGGUCAAUUGUACUUUUAAUCACAGUUUUAGUCGUUUGUUUGAAUCUUCAUUAUUUCUGGACUAUAGGAUUAUCCCUUCCAGAGACAAAUCCAGACGUUGACCAACGGAUGUGCCAUAAUAAUUACCAACCACAACUUUCUGACGAGAUCACUUUUAUUGUUCCACUUUUGGAUUUUUUAUUGGAUAACAUCAUUCCACUCAUCCUGGUGACAGUUUUUAUCUAUAUGACUUUAGUAACUAUGAUAUUAAAGAAAAAAGACAUUACAUUUGACCUAAAAAAGUACAUUGUGGACAUAAAUACACUAAUUCAGUUAAGAAAACCAACUGUUGUCAUGUUAGUUUGGUAUGCCCUUUUAAAGGCAUGUCACUGUACGGAACAUACUUUACGUUUUAUACAAAGUCGAACGACUAUCGACCUUCUUUGGGAAACACAAUACAUACAGAUGUUUAAUGUAACACUAACCUAUUUUUUCAUUAGCUUCAAACCCUUAAUAUUCAUUGUAAUGUGCAAGCAGCUUCGACAAGACAUAAAAAAGGGAUUAUGUAGCAUUAUUAAAUGUCUUUGUCCAUGUGAUUCUUGUGGACAGAGUCGAUAUAAAUCAUAUAUUACUCCAGAGACCAAGUCUGCAACAGCUGGAUCUUUAAUGGCAGUAGACAAGCAGUCCAAUGGGGACCUGUUGCCAAAUAUUAAAUGUACAAAUGUAUAAUUCUGUCCAGAUCAAACUCUGUGUUUGGAUAAACUGUUUGAUGAUUGAUAUUUAUCAAGGACCCAUUCUGUACAAAGAGCAACACCUUACAGAAAAUGUACAUGUGUGUAUAAACUCUGUCCAGAUCAAACUCUGUAAUCUGUAUUUGGAUAAACUGUUUGCAUAUCUAUCAAGGACCCAUUCUGAACAAGGAUAAACACCUAACAGGCAAUGUUCAAGUGAAUAGACCUAUUCAAUGUUUGAAUGACCAGAUGACAGCAAAAUAUAUAAAGGUGUAAUUCAGUCAUAUAAUUGUCCAAUACUUGAAUUACUGCAGAAAAAAAGACAAUGGGCCAAUCCGCUGAUACUGAUAUUCUCCAAACAGUGAGAAAAGUGCAAUGCAAAGACCUAACAUUAGUACAGAAGAAUUAGUUCUGUCAAGAUCUAGUUCUAUACAGAGAUGAACUUCUAAUGGAAAAUAUCUAAAAUGCAUAAUUCUGUUUGGUGACAUUCUGAACAAAGAUAAACUAUUAGAGUUUCUAAUUCUGUGUAGGUGUCAUUCUGAACAGGUUUGAACAACUGAUGGCUUACGUUACUACUGAUAGAUUCUUAUUCUGUCAAUGUCUGAAUCUGUACCAAUAAAAAAUGCUCAUAAAUAAAUUAUACUUUCUGAG